CGGCAAAGGAACUAUUGUUUCACCUCGUCCCGGUCGCCUCUGCAUCUGUGUGCGUGCUGUCCUUUUUCUUCUUUCGUUUUGCUUCCCCAAUAACUGUAGCAUACACGCCCCAAAAAAAAAAAAUCCCGUCCCUUUUGCGGGCACAAGGGCGCCCGACCGGAAGGACAAAACGGGUAAUGCAGUUUUGGGGCAAUGGUUUUAAAAGAUAAAGUGCACAUGUGUGCCUUUGGAGGAGGUGGAAGGCGAAGGCACAGCGCAAAGCUUCUUCCAUCUAGUUUGCCUCGGUUUUUGGUUUUUUGGUUCGCCACCCCUCGCCCCAUUUCCCUUCACGGUGCAGUGCAAACCAAAUCAUGCGGCAACAGCAAUAAAACACAAAAAAAAACUCACACACAUAGAACCAAAGUUUUCGCCGUGCCUUUAUUUCAACUUGCCUAGAAACUAGCCUACUUCUCCGCCUCCUAGAACAUGCUCACAUAUGGACCCAACAAAAAAAAAAAAAAAAAAAAAAACAAAAAAUCUACUUCGAUGCACUUUUGCUUGCAGAAAUUCUCGUCCCGUCCAAUCACACCCUCCCACCCUCCACCUUUCAUGGGGUGGUCCGUUUUUCUUCCCUUUAAAAAGCAUCCACCCCUAUCGGCCGUGUAUGUAUGUGUGUGCGCCAAGAGGAAGGGUAGGUAAAGACAGCAGGCGAAGAAAACACGGCACGCGCAAAAAAAGGGGUUCCGCCCUUGCGGCCGGCAGCCGGCAGUUUUUCGGCGGCGUGGUUGCAUGCUUUUUGCUUUCUGUUUUUUUUUUUGUUGUGUGCUGCCCCUCCUCUCUCCCUCCCAUUGCCUGGUUCGUGGGAUGAAGGUGAAAAAUGAAAACAAAUUCUCUGCUCCUCUCUCUGGCCAUUAUUUCUAUUGGGCCCGCGGUGAUGUAGCGGGGCGGAGAAGAGGGGUAAAACAGAGAGAAAGGAGAGGGAGAGGGGUGUUUAUUGGCCGAGCGUGAUACGCUUGAUACAAUACGACGCUUGAUGUAUUUUAAAAACCAUCGCAAAUGAAUGAAUUAGCCAUUAAAGGCACAUUUGUGUCCUGGGCCUGUUUCCAAGACGUAGUGUGAGUGAAAACGAAAGGAGCGAUAGAGGGUGAGCUAGAGGGAGAGAGAGAAAGAGAAAGAGAGAGAAAGAGAGAGAGAGAGAAAAGAGAAGAAUAAGAAUAAAACGGGAGUCAUGGUAGCACUUGUCGGCCGAAGCCGAACGAUAAAGUGUGAGAAAAGCCCACCGAAGUCAUUCCAUAAUUUGUUCAAAAUUUUUCAUCAGUACGAUCCGACGUGCAAACUGGUAAAAAAAGCAUUUGAUUUUCCCUACGAACCGUAAGAAAUGGUGUAGUGUAUCUUUAUUUCUCUUUUUAUUCGCAACAAACAACAGCCCAAACUGUCACACUAUCUUCAAAUGUGUAUUCCUUUGUGCACAAAACUCGUAAAGGUUCCUCUCUUGUCUUUCUUUCUCUCUCUCUCUCUAUCUCCCUCUCUCUCUAUCUCUCUCUCUCUCUCUCUCUCUCUCUCUCUCUCUCUCUCUCUCUCUCCCUCGCGUGCGCGCGCACACACACAUACUUCCGCUCAUGCUCGGGUUUCUUUUUCUCUAUCUCUCUUUCUUUGUUGCACGAUCCCCUAUCCCUUCGAUCCGGUCUCGGUUGAUUUGAUAUCGCGCGCAUAGCUUUUGCCUUCCUGCCCGUACACCACCCAUGCUUACAUAUAACCACCCGUUGUAGGUGGGCCGGACGGGCGAACCACAAAAACAAUACGGGAAGAACUCAAAAUAUCUGAGAGCGGGAGAGCGAGAGAGAGAGAAAAAGAGCGUCCGAUAAGUAGCGAGGCGGAAAUGUGUGUUUGUGUGCAUACGUGUUUGAUAUCUCUUCCAGUAUUCCGCCAGCAAUAUCCCUCCACAAGCUCCCUUUCCCCCUCCGUCUCCCCUUCGCCGCUUCUAACACCCUCCCCUGGAUGGGAGUUUUGCAUAUGUCUAACGGAAAGCGCACGCGCCUCUGCUCACGGGGCGAAAAGCGAACCGCACGCACCACCCCACUCUCCCCUCCCACGAAGGAAAAGGGUCCCGCACGACCCGUUCCAUCCCUUUUUGCGGGCGGGCGUUGGAACUUCUUACCCGAUGGUUGUCACACAUGUACACGCAAGUUUGACUGCACGCACACGCGUCUUCCCGCAAUCCCGCGUCUAUGUGCGCGUCUGUGUGUAUUUUUGCUUUGUUUUUUUUUUUUUUGUUCUGUUUUUUGGUUCGUCUCUUCCUGUCGCAUAAAACACACCGUCUUGGUCGGCUCAACGCCUAGUGGGGUGCUGUUUCUGCGUUGAAGACUCGCCCCUAUCUUGUCCCCGCCGGAUGCAACGGUAGCAUUUGUUCCGCGAUACGGAUUGCGGACUGCAACCCGGAAUGUGAAGGGGAUGUGAGAGGAAGGGACGAUGGAGGGGGAUGAGAAUCGGGAGGAAAAUACCACUCGUAUCGCACAAGUGCAAUCUUCCUCUGUCUAGGUUCGAACAUUUCAAACCGAUGCUUGAGACUCCCGGCCAUUUGCACUAGGGCAUUAGAGCAAAGUAUUUGGCGUAUUAAAGCGCAGAGAAAGCGUGCCACGGGAGAAGUUUGAAUGUUUUGGCUAACUCUUCAGUCGUUAAUCCUGCACGGCGGCUCAAAACCGACACCAAUUCAUUACACUCUAGGCUAAACCAGUGCGCGAUCACGAUGGCGUGGCGGUUCAAGGCGUCCAAGUACAAGAAUGCGGCCCCGAUCGUGCCGAAGCCGGAGGCGUGCAUACGGGACAUCUUCGUCGGGUCAUAUCAAACGUACGGCAAUAACAUUGCCGCGUCGGCCGCCUUCAUCGCGUUCAACUGGGAGCAUGCCGGGUCGAGCCUGGCCGUGCUGCCGAUCGACGACUGCGGGCGCAAGAGCAAGACGAUGCCGCUGCUGCACGCCCACUCGGACACGGUGACAUAUCUCGACUUUUCGCCGUUUCACGACGGGCUGCUCGCGACUGGCUCACAGGACUGCCUGGUGAAGGUGUGGCACAUCCCGGAGAAGGGUCUGGAGCAGUCGCUCUCGACGCCCGAGUGCACGUUCACGACCAAGCAGCGGCGCGUCGAAACGGUCGGCUUCCAUCCGACCGCCGACUGUCUGCUGUAUGCGACCGCGGUCGGCUGGGUCAGCCUGUGGGAUCUGACCACUCAGCAGGAAGCGUUCUCGAACAACGAACAUCCGGAGGUGAUCCAGUCGCUUAGCUGGAAGCAGGACGGCCGGCUGUGCGUAACCAGCUGCAAGGACAAGAUGGUUCGCGUGCUGGACCCGCGCGCCAGCGCCCCGAUCACGCUCGCCGCCGAAAGCCACCAGAGCAUCAAGGACUCGCGCGUGGUCUGGCUCGGCGAGCAGAACCGCAUCCUCAGCACCGGCUUCGAUGCGGCCCGACUCCGCCAGGUCAUCAUACGCGACCUGCGCAACUUCUCGGUGCCGGAGAAAACGCUCGAGCUCGACUGCUCGACCGGCAUCCUGAUGCCGCUGUACGAUCCCGACACGAACAUGCUGUUCCUGUCCGGCAAGGGUGACACGACGAUCAACUAUCUCGAGGUGACGGACAAGGACCCGUACCUGAUCGAGGGCAUCCGGCACUCGGGCGAACAGACCAAGGGCGCCUGUCUGGUGCCGAAGCGAGCGCUCAAGGUGAUGGAGGGCGAGGUGAACCGCAUCAUGCAGCUCACGUCCAACUCGGUCAUCCCGAUCAUGUACCAGGUGCCGCGAAAGACGUAUCGAGACUUUCACAACGAUCUCUACCCGGACACGAACGGCUACAAGAGUGAAAUGACUGCCACACAGUGGCUCAACGGUGCCAACACACCCGUGCCGAAGAUUAGCCUCGAUCCAGCGAAACGGGAACAUGGCGAUGCACCAAUCAUUGUCCUCCGCGGGCCACUGACGGAGGUGGUGAACAAUAUCGCGAACAAGAUGCGCAGCGCCCAGUCGCCGAACAACAUCUCGACCGCGGCGAAGAUCGAGCGCGAACCGUACGUGAAGCCGACGUUCGUGCCGAUCAAGGAAAAGAUCAAGCACAUGGAGCAGCAGUCGCACACGGAAAAGUGUGAGCUUGAGCAGCGCUUCAAGGAGAUAUCGGCGGUGCACAAGGAGCGGGACGAGGAGGGCAAUGGUACACCGCUGACGGUCGAGAACAAUGGCAACGGCAAUCAUCAUCCGCACCAUCAUCCGCAGCAGCAGCAGCGCGAAACGUCCUGCUCUUCGUUCGACUCGGAAACGGAUGGGGGGCGGGUGGCGGGCGAAACGACGCCGCCCAAGCCACUGCCGAGGACCUCGCGCAACAACUCCGUCUCGGAGCAGCUGGCCGGGACGGCCGGUUCGGUUGGCAGCGGGGAGGACGUGAGCCCGCCCGGGCCGGUGGCCGCACCGGCGGGAGCGACCAACGUGCCGCGCCCAGUUGCCCGACCGCGCACCACCAGCGGAUACAAGCCACGCCUUGGACCGAAACCGUUCUGUAGCACCGGUUCGUCCGGGGACUUCUCGUUCGAGAAGGUGUUUAACGUGCCAGCCGUACCGGGUGCAGAACCGGGAAGCGAAAAGGAAUCUGCCGCUCUGCCCGGCCCGACGGUCGGCGACAGCAGCGCGCCGGCUGAAAAGAACGGCAACACCUUGACCGUGUCGCCCGAACCGGACGAGCCGAAGGACGACAGUCCAACCGAGCCGGGAAAACCCGAGCCGGCCGAACCGAUGGACCAGUGCGACGUCGAGACGCGCACCAUACCGCAUGCCGAGCUGCGCAAGCCGGGUGAACAGGAAAAGAUAUUUGAACGUCAAGCUUCGUCGGAGUCGGUCGACCAGUUCGAUGCGACCGCGGACGACGCAAAGGGCCAGUUCGAGCGGCUGAGCGCCCAGCGCACCAGUCUCGCCGAACGGCGGCGCAUGUUCGAGAGCCGCUCGCAGAGCGUGCAGGACGGGGAGAAGGCAAGCUCGCCGACACCGCUCCGCCGCCGCGAAUCGCUGAAGGUGCGCGGCGAGCAGAAAUCGUGCGCGGACGACACCGACCUGAUGCCGCCGCCGCCGGCCACCGACUUUCUGCGCAACCGCAGCGACCUGUCCAAGGAAAACAUGCCGGACAUAGUGAAGCGCAGCAACAGCACGGCUGGCGUGUCGACGGUCGCGUCCAGCAACAACGCCUCCGCUAACAACAACAACAACAAUGUGGCGUCCAAGCGCACUUCGACCGUGUUCGGGCGCGUGUCCAAGUUCCGCCAUCUGAAGGGUACGCCCGGACACAAGAGCACGCACAUCGAGAACAUACGUAACCUGAGCCGCCAGAUACCGGGCGAGUGCGACGGCUUUGCGGCAAAUGCGGCGCGGGUCGCGGUGCCGAUCGCGGGCGCCGGCGGCAAGAUUGCGGUGCUGGAGCUGAACGAUCCGGGGCGCCUGCCGGACGGCGUCAUCCCGACGCUGGUCAACAUCCAGAACAUUAUGGACUUCCAGUGGGACCCUUUCGAUGCGUCCCGGCUGGCGGUGGCCUGCGACGACGGCUCGGUCAAGCUGUGGCGCAUCCCGGCCGGCGGGCUGACCGAGCCCACGAACGAGCCGGAAGCGGUGCUGGUGGCUCACGCCGACAAGCUCUACACGCUACGGUUCCACCCGCUCGCGCAGAACGUGCUGCUCACCGCGAGCGUCGACAUGGUGAUGAAGGUGUGGGAUCUCGGCACGAUGGAGGAAAAGUGCACCCUGUACGGUCACACCGACCAGAUCUUUUGCUUCUCGUGGAGCCCGUGCGGCCGGUACGGUGCGACCGUGUCAAAGGACGGGCGCAUCCGCGUGUACGAGCCGCGCCAGUCGAGCCAGCCGAUCGGCGAGGGCACCGGACCGGUCGGGACGCGCGGGGCCCGCGUCUUGUGGGCGCUCGAGGGCGACUACCUCGUGGUGACCGGCUUCGACAAAGUCUCCGAACGGCAGAUCUACGUGUACAAGGUGACCGAUCUGAGCGCGCCGAUGGGCAUGGUCGGGCUGGACGUGUCACCCGCCAUCCUGAUGCCGUACUACGACGAGGACAGCUCGACGCUGUUCGCCACCGGCAAGGGCGACAGCACGAUCUACUGCUUCGAAAUUACCGACGAGGCGCCGUUCAUUUGCCCACUUUCGCACCACCGCUGCACCAAUCUGACCCAGGGCCUCAGCUUUCUCGCCAAGAACCAGUGCGACGUGGCGGCGGUUGAGUUUGCGCGGGCCCUCCGCCUCACGAACGGGACGGUCGAGCCGCUCAGCUUCACCGUGCCGCGCCUUAAGGUCGAACUGUUCCAGGAUGAUCUGUUCCCGCCGACCCGGGUGCUGUGGCAGCCGACGCUGACCGCCGCGGAGUGGUUCGCCGGCCGGGACGUUGCGGCCGCCCGCAUCAGCAUGAAGCCGGACGGCAUGGAUACGCUGUCCUCGAUUCAGCCGACCGUUACGACCACACCGUCGAAGAAGAGCGACACCGUGCUGAUGACCCAGGGCAUACACAAACCGUUCGCCAAAGCGCCCGAACACGUGCAAGAGCAGAUUAAAAAUGCAGUCAGCGCACGCAUGUCCGUGAACAAGAAGCUCGAACAGGACAGCAUGGAAGGCGUAGACGAGAAGGAGUGGGAAGAAUAAAGAACCAAACGAACGCUGGAACAGAACUGACCGCUUGUGCGAAGUGGUCGCCUGUUCUUUAUUCCUUCGACAGUCGCAACCGAUUAUUAAACCAGCACACGGGGCCGGUGCCGGUGAUUUCUCCGCAAAACGGAAUCCUCAUAUUCAUUUGCAAUUUACAUUUAUCAACUUGAUCGUGUCCGACGAAGCCGAGAUGAACAGGGGGGUGGGCUGGGGGAUGAAACUUUCCUUCAUCCUCCACCUUGCAAUGCAAGGUCGAAUCUCGGCCGAAGAGAAAGAGAGCGGGAGACGAGCAAAAGGCACACGCGUGCUACUACAUAUUUGCGCAACCGAGCAGUUGGCGCGUAGCUUAGUGAGUAUUAAUGAGGGCAUCCCGGUAAUAAAGUGUUGCGACACUACACUACAAGAUAGAAAAACAAAAGGAAAACAAAAAAAAACACAAAACGCAACCGGAGACUGAACACCACACAAACCAAACGUACGCGCACACGCGCAAAAACCAUUCAGAGCUCAUUCCUUUGCCGCGCACGUGGUGGCGGUGGCCAAACAAACGAAAACGCAAAACAUUCGUUCGAGCGCUCCAGGCCCGAAUAUCUGCCAAAUGCGCCAGCACGCCGAUAGACAACGUAACGUAAAGACCAAAAUCCUAUUUGUAUGUCUGUGUGUAUGUUUGUAUGUGAAUAUUGUGGGCUUACCAAAAGGCCAGGAAGCGCAGUGGCUGCUGUUGUAGAACCGUUUUAAGCACGAACCCUGCCGAACCUUUUUUUUAUUUGGCCGAAGGAAAAAAGAAACAACUUAAUCACACCGAUACAACAACACUGCCCCUAUCCCCAAUGGAGAGUGGUACAGGG